UGGGCCCCGUCUCGCAUAUAGCAAUAUAGCUUUGUCGAACGUCAGCGCGCGCAAAGGGAGCCGGGAACCAGCUUAGGGUGUGCGCUCGAUCGCUUCAGGUCGCCGUCCACCAUGUCGCAACAUUUUGAAGGCGUGCAACGUGUGCCUUGACUUCAUGCGCCACAGCACGGUGAAGUGAGGAGGUGAACUUGUGAUGGCCAGUAGAGAUGAAGACAGUGGACACCAUCUGGUCAUGGCCACUUCCAGUGAGCCAUCUGAAGGUCACAUGGAAACUUCCAAUGAGUUUUCUGAAUUUCGCGUUGCUACUUCUGGUGAGUCAUCUGAAGGUCACAUGGCCGCUUCCAGAGAGCAGUCUGAAAGUCACAUGGACAUGUUAGCUUUGAGAGGUGACUUGCCAGUUCCUGAUAUUGACAUAUCCAGUUCAGACGAACAUGAAGGUCUCUUGGUACCCGCAGGUUCAGCUGAGCACAGGGAGGUCCUUGAGCUGGAGAGCAAAGCAAUCACACUAAGUACAGAUGAACAUCCUUCAGGGAACGCCCAAGCUGCCAACAUGAUCAACAUCGUCACUGGAGGGGCAGGACAAGGAACACUGGGGAGAGAUACCCUUGAUUUACGCACAGAUGAAGCAAGGAAGAUUUUUGCUCCAACUGAAGCCUACAGAAAAGUGAAACAGAAGUUGAAGGAAUUUGGUCAUGUGACUAUCUGUGGCGCUUCAGGAGAAGGCAAGACAACAAUGGCUCUGGUGUUGGGUUCACAGUAUAGACAAAAGAGGUACGAAGUCGUGUUUGUCGACAGCCUUAAGAAGUUUGACUUUGACCGAUGUCUUAAUACUUACUCAAGAGUAUUUCUGAUUGUAGACGAUUUGUUUGGUACAGUUGGAGUAUCUGCUAAUACUUCACAGGUUAAAAACUUUCUGAACAAUCUUCUCCCCCAUUUAGAACAAAAGCAGAGAGCAGAAGAGAAACGGUCGGAAUUUAGUGAAAACAGUGAUGCUGGUGAAAAAUUCAGAAACAAAGUGCAAAGUUUAACAGAAUCUCAAACAAAGGACAUUCAUGUUGUCUUCACAUCAAAAUCUUACAAUUUCCAUGAUGGACUUGCAAAACUGCAGUAUGAGGGUUUCAAAUUGUUCAAGGGUCAGACAGUAGUGGACUUAACAAAACAAGAACAAUACAGGCUUUCUGACAAAGAGAAGAAAUCAAUAUUUGAACGGCAUAGGCAUCCUCUUGGUGACUGCUCUGUGCAACAUAUUCCAGAUUACAAUGAGCUGGAAAUCUGUUCCAACAUCUUUGGAUUUCCUCUCAUUUGUAAACUUUGUUGUGAACUUUCCCCUUUCUUUAAAAAUGCAAAAUCAUUUGUCAAGGAACCACUCUUUUAUCUCAGGUUAGAACUGAAGCAGUUACUUGAAGACAGAAAUGAUAGAGCUGCCAUAUUGGUUCUGAUGCUGCUGUGUGAAGACAAAUUGAACCUGACCACGUUAGACAGUGGAGAUGAAGACAAGGAUAUGGACAGGAUGGUCAAAACUGUUCAAGACCUGAUGCCAAAUACUACACGUUCAGGCAUGUACAAAGCCGCUAAAAGUUUUAGAGGUACAUUCUUCACAAGAGGAGACACUGUUGGCUUUGCCCAUUCUUCAGUCUAUGAUGCUUGUGCCUGUGCCUUGUUCAAUAUCAGUCCAGUCUUUGUUUUGAAGAACUGUAAUGAUGACUUCCUGUUUGAGAGAGUACAAGGUGAAAAAGUUGAAGAAACAACAGUUGAUGACCAUCUCCAUCUGAUAUAUGUCUCAGAUAAUUAUGAUGACAUACUUACCACAAGGUUUGCACAUUCUAUUAAACAAGGAAAGUUUUCUCAAUCAGUGACACAUCCUGUUCUCAAACGAGACACAACAGCUUUUAAACUGCUCAACAAACUUCAGUGUGAUGGGACAAGGCAGCACCAUCCGCAUAAUCAAACUGAUUCUAAAGAUGAACUUUGGUUUCACAGGAGAGAGAAAAGGAAAAUGUCUUCUGUACUAAAAGGGCAAGUUCUUGGACAUAAUGCACAUCUAGCUACAGAUAUAGAACACACAACUGAGAAGAGAUUCUCUCAAAGAGGCGAUCAGUCAAGGCUGCUGAAAAUGGCAGCUCUGAUAUUCUAG